AUGGAUUGCAAAAAUGCAAAAGCCAUAUGGGAUAAACUAUCCAGUAUUUAUGAAGGUGAUUAUAAAGUUAAAGAAGCAAAACUGCAGAUCUUUAGGGCUAGAUUUGAAAGUUUGAAAAUGACUGAAGAUGAGAAAAUAGCUUAUUUUUUUCUUAGGAUUUCACAAAUUGUAAAUUCAAUAAGAGGUCUUCAUGAAACUCAUGGGGAAAAGGCUAUUGUUAAAAAGGCUCUAAGGUCUUUGAUGCCGAAGUAUGAUUCCAAAGUCUCAGCUCUAGAAGAAAGAGACUUAAAUAAACUUACUAUAGAUGAAAUGCAUGGUGUUUUAACUGCUUAUGAAAUGAGAAUAAGUGAAGACAUUCAACCUAGUAAAGAAACUGCAUUCAAAACUCUGAAAAAAGAUAAUGAUUCAUAUAAAGAAGAAACUAGUGAAGAUGAGGACAACAGAAAGUUAGGAAAGAAAAAAAAAAUUCAAAACAAAAAGAAAACCUUCUUUAAGAAAAAGAGCUUCUAUGCAGAUGUCAUAGAUAGCUGUUCAGGUGAAUCUCUUGUAGGAGAUGAAACCUUGUUUAUGGCUAUUUUAUCUCCAAAUGUGACUCAGGAGGACACUCCUUUUGAGCAUUCUGAAUCAGAAAUCGAUCUAGAAGGAGAACUGAAAUGUGCCCUCAAAGAAAUCAAAAGAUUGAGAAAAGAAUAUGUUACUCUAAAGGAUCAAUAUCAAAGUGCUAAUGAGUGCAUGUCUGGUUUAACUCUUCAAUUAGCAGAAAAUAAAAGGAUUCUUGAAGUUACUCAAGGGAAAUUGAGUGAUAAGGAAAAAGAAUGUCUUUCUUUAGAAGAAAAGGUUGUCUUUCUUCAAGAAAAGUUGAAACAAAGUGCAAGCAAUUGGAAUUGUUCUGUCCCAACGAACAAUGUUAAUGAUUGCAAAGGAAAAGGCAUCCGUCAAGCUGCUGAAGGAGAAUCCUUAAGUAAUUUUGCUAUCAACAAGACUGCUGAAAGAACUAGUAAGUUUCUAACACAUGGCUUUCAUUUCUUUGGAUAUUGUUUUAACUGUCAGCAAUAUGGGCAUAAAGAAAAUACUUGUAGAGUUAUGUCUAUAAGAAAGUCCAAUUUUGUAAAUCAAAGUUUAUACAACUUUCUUAGCACUAUUAGAUGUUAUCACUGUAAAAUCAUGGGACACAUUGCAACUGUUUGUAACUCGGGUGCUUUUCAACAAGUUCAUAAAUCUAUCCAACUAGAUAAGUCCAGGAUGAUUUGGAAACCCAAAAAGAAGAUAGAAGCUUUAGUUGUUCAAACUGCUUUACACUCUGUCAAAAAGAAUCACUGGGUUGUGGACAAUGGGUGUUCACAUCAUAUGACCGGAGACAAAAGUAAGUUUGUUGUUUUUGAAAAUUAUUCACAAGGAUCUGUUAGGUUUGGGAAUGAUCAUUGUAUUCCUGUUAUAGGCAAAGGAACUAUUUUGUUGGAUAAUGAUACUCCUUUGCAUGAUGUAUAUUAUCUAGAAGGUCUGGCUCACAAUCUUCUUAGUUUAAGUCAGAUCCGUGAUAAUGGAUUUGCUGGUUGUCUUGAUGACAGAAAAAGCAUUUCUGGGGGUGCAUUCUUUCUUGGCGAAAGAUUAGUUGCUUGGCACAGUAAGAAACAAAAUUCAGUUUCCUUAUCCACUGCUGAGGCAGAAUACAUUGUUGCAGCAACUUGUUGUACUCAGGUGCUGAGAUCAGCAUGUAAGAUUGUAGGUUUGGGUAAUGCUCGAUCCGGCCUCGUAGGUUCUAGAUACUACGUUUUUCCAGAGAUGACGUGCCUUUAUGUGCAGUGGUUCAGAAUUCUGGUUGCUUGA